CUAACAUGGCGUCACAAGGCCUUCGCCAUCCCCUUUUGAACCUGCAGAUGUGACAGGCAGGUUCAAAUGACUGAAUGACCGCCCCAGCCCAUCCUGCCCGGUGGAUACCGACCUGUUUGAGCCCAUCGAUGCGACCAUCGCUGUUUGGUGUCUUGCGCGAUGCGGAAAGGGCCCGUCGGGGGUAGGAUGAGAGAGGUUGGUGAGUGGCGGUGCGGAAGCGGGUCGUCCACCGCCUUCCGGGGACUCCGAUGCGCCGAGUACAGCUGAAACUUCUGCAGAACCUGCACAAGCAU